CUAGAAGGCCCACGACUUCCGGGGAGAGGCGCAGUCGUCGCGCUUGUCGGGCCCAAUGGCGGCCCCGCUGCUUCACACGCGGUUGCCGGGAGAUGCGGCAGCCUCAGCGUCUGCAGUCAAGACGCUGGGGGCGUCGAGGACCGGACUUUCAGAUAUGCUCACGUUAGAGAAUGAUUUCUUCAACUCUCCUCCAAGAAAAACCGUUCGGUUUGGUGGGACUGUGACAGAAGUCUUGUUGAAAUACAAAAAGGGUGAAACAAAUGACUUUGAGUUGUUGAAGAACCAGCUGUCAGAUCCAGACAUAAAGGAUGACCAGAUCAUUAACUGGCUGUUAGAAUUCCGUUCUUCCAUCAUGUACUUGACUAAAGACUUUGAGCAGCUUAUCAAUAUAUUAUUGAGAUUGCAGUGGUUAAACAGAAGUCAGACGGUGGUGGAGGAGUAUUUGGCUUUUCUUGGUAAUCUUGUAUCAGCACAGACUGUCUUCCUUAGACCGUGUCUCGGCAUGAUUGUUUCUCAUUUUGUACCUCCACGAGUGGUCAUUAAAGAAGGUGACGUAGAUGUUUCGGAUUCCGAUGACGAAGAUGAUAAUCUUCCUGCUACUUUUGACACCUGUCACAGAGCCUUGCAAAUAAUAGCAAGAUAUGUCCCAUCGACACCGUGGUUUCUUAUGCCAAUAUUGGUGGAAAAAUUUCCAUUUGUUCGAAAAUCCGAGAGAACCUUGGAAUGUUAUGUUCAUAACUUGCUAAGGAUUAGUGUAUAUUUUCCAACCUUGAGGCAUGAAAUUCUGGAGCUUGUGAUUGAAAAGUUACUCAAGUUGGAUGUGAACGCAUCCCGGCAAGAUAUUGAGGAUGCUGAAGAAGUAGCCGCUCAGACUGGCGGUGGGACAGAUGCCCCAGAAGGACUCUUCAGCAUGGAUGAGGACGAAGACCCUGGCGGUGAAACAAAGGCUGACGCACAAAGGCCCGAUUGUAUGGUGCAUCCUGUAGCCGAGCGCCUGGACAUCCUGCUCUCUUUGCUUCUGUCCUACAUUAAGGACGUCUGCCAUGUAGACGGUAAGGUAGAUAACAACAAAACAAAGGAUUUAUAUCGAGAUCUGAUAACCAUCUUUGACAAACUCCUGUUGCCCACUCACGCCUCCUGCCAUGUACAGUUUUUCAUGUUUUACCUCUGCAGCUUUAAAUUGGGAUUUGCAGAAGCAUUUUUGGAGCAUCUCUGGAAAAAAUUGCAGGAUCCAAAUAAUCCUGCCAUCAUCAGGCAAGCUGCUGGAAAUUAUAUUGGAAGCUUUUUGGCAAGAGCUAAAUUUAUUCCUCUUAUUACUGUAAAAUCAUGCCUAGAUCUUUUGGUUAACUGGCUGCACAUGUACCUUAAUAACCAGGAUUCGGGAACAAAGGCCUUUUGUGACGUUGCUCUCCAUGGACCAUUUUAUUCAGCCUGCCAAGCUGUGUUCUACACUUUUGUUUUUAGACACAAGCAGCUUUUAAGUGGAAACCUCAAAGAAGGUUUGACAUACCUUCAGAGUCUAAAUUUUGAACGUAUAGUGAUGAGUCAGCUAAAUCCCCUGAAGAUUUGUCUGCCUUCGGUAGUUAACUUUUUUGCUGCAAUCACAAGUAAAUACCAGCUGGUCUUCUGCUACACGAUCAUUGAGAGGAACAAUCGCCAGAUGCUCCCAGUUAUUAGAAGUACAGCCGGAGGGGACUCCGUGCGAACCUGCACGAACCCACUGGACACCUUCUUCCCCUUCGAUCCUUGUGUGCUUAAGAGGUCGAAGAAAUUCAUUGAUCCUAUUUAUCAGAUCUGGGAAAACAUGAGUGCAGAGGAGCUUCAAGAGUUUACGAAACCUGUCAGAAAGCAGGUGGUGGAGGAUGAAGAUGAUGACUUUUUGAAAGGCGAAGUUGGCGUGGCCCCGAGCUCCUUUGACCCGCAUUUCCGAAGUCCCUCAAGCAGCGUGGGCUCCCCUCCUGUGUUCUACCUGCCAGACCAGUCCCCUGUGACCACGAGCAUUUGUGAUUGAGACUGAGACCGGCGUCUCCCCACGGUGCCCUUCGGUACCAGGGCUCAUCCCGUUUGAACCAGAGCGAGUAUCUGCCUCAGGCAUCUUACUUGCAAGGUAGACGUACUCUGGUGUCUGAACAGACGUGCUGUUUUGGUUUUUUGUUUUUUCCUUUUUCUUUUUUGCUCCUGUGCAAACAAAAGACGGAGUAUCGUGUGCAAUAUUUUAGAAAGGAGUUGAUGAUCAGUGUUGAAGGCUUGACUUGUGUGUUGGGUAUAUAUUUUAUUUCUGUUAUAGCUUUCUGGCAUCGUUGUGAAAUUUCUGAUCUGGGCAGUGGCCUGUUUUAGCAGGAUGGCACAUGGGUUUGGUCUGAGCCAUAAUCACAGGACUUUGUUGAUCCAGUUUAUUUUCAGUGAAAAAAAUCCUCUAGGAGACUAUUCCACAUCUUUAAAAUGAUUUUACUUUGGGUACAAUGUUGACCCUCAGCUGGAACCGUAUUUGUGUGUUGGGAUUUCAUUGGGAUGCGGAGGGGGCGGGAGGAAAGUGGGAAGGCGGCCCGAGCCGGUCCCUGAUGCUAGAAGCCGGAGCUGGCACUGAAGGUCUCCAGGGAUUGUCAGAGGCCGAGGAAGUCCCCGAGGAAAGACAUGCAGGAUUUAGGGAAGCGGAAGCAGACAAGUCAUACGCUCGUGAGUGGAAGAAUGGAGUUAAAGGAACCACAGAGUUCCGGAUAAAUGAAAUUCCCAUACACUGAGAGUGGAGUUGGACUCUUAUAAAACACAGCACAUGAUUUUACCGUGAGGCUCCCAGGAGGGUGGUUAGGACUGGGAGUGCUUGCUUGUAGUGGAAUGUUACUUGGGUUUUUUUUUUUGUUUUGUUUUGUUUUUUUUUUUUUUUUUAACUAGAAUCAGUUUGGUCAUUUUGAGAGUUUCUUUGUGCUGAUGGAGCAGGGGAGAGGAGCCUGGCUUCUUUGGUGGAAUGGUUUUGCUAGUGACAACAGCCAAGGUUAUAGCUGCAGCCUCCGUUUGCCAGCUGAUGUCUCCUGGAGUUCAGCUCGGUGAAAUCCUCCUUGGGGGAGACUCUUUUUGUACUUUUAUAACUAAACACUGAGAGAGGAGUCUAAUAAACACCCUCACUUCAUAACACGUGUGUGUGAGCGCACGGCUGGGCUCAUUCUGUGGCUCAUGCGUAUUUUAGCUUCAUUCCUUGUGUGUAUACUUUUGUGUUACUUGUGAAAAUGGACAUCUCUAAACAUAUUUAUUUUUCUGCCACUUUUCCUAUUAUUUAAAAGCAAGCAAUAUUUUCUCGAUCGCAAAUAUUUUGUAAUGAAAUACUUUCUCUUUCCUAGGGCUUUGUAUGCUCUUGUAUAAUUAUAAUGAUGGUGAUGUAGAGUAAAUACGCUUUUGGAAAACAGAAAUUUUUAUUGGUUUAAAAAGUUUUGGAUAUUGGUGAUUUUCUUUUGGUGACUUGGUGGACAGUCAUCGGAGAACCUUUAGGUUCUCUGGUUUUUUAACUGCUGGCUAAAGGGGGGGUGGGUGGGAUUUUUGUGACCUGGAUGAAACGGGUCCAUGGAAAUGUGUCCAUAGAAAUUAACGGUAAGUGGAGUGGGCCUUUGUGGGUUGAGAAGUUUUAGUGUAGAAGGGUAUCUUUACAAGUAAGUCCGCUUAAUGUCAGAAGAGUUUGAGGAAAAAAACAUUGUGAACACAGAACAAUGAUAUGGUUAAUCUGGAUGUUUUGUUCUUAUACCAGUAAUGGAGUAAAGGGAGGUACCCCAAUAAAGAGGCUUCUCAAACAGA